AUGUCUCACACAAGCGUUCCUCAGAUUCCGGGCCUGUACUCGUCCUUGAACUACAAAGACAUCACUAUCAGCCACGUACCCCACGAUGCUCCGUCCGCCACCAAAGUCAUCGUCGUGACUCUGAACCGCCCGGAGAGACACAAUGCCGUCAACGGAAACAUCCUCGAGGAAUUGGUCUCUGUGUUCAACAUCAUAGACAGGGAUGACCGCGUCAGAGCGGUCGUUUUGACCGGCGCAGGCAAAUCCUUCUGUGCAGGAAUGGACCUUUCAGAGGGUCCGGGGGGUCUAAUGAAAAUCAAACAAAGUCCAGAUGCGACGAAUCAGUGGAAAGACCCGGGUGGACGUGUAGCUCUGGCCAUUUCAGGAUGUUCAAAGCCAACCAUCGUCGCCGUGAAUGGAGGCGCGGCAGGGUUCGGAGCCACGUCCAUUCUAUCCGCCGCGAUUCGAGUUGCCUGGCAGGAUGCCAAGAUUAACAUGCCUUUUGCACGACGCGGACUGACGAUGGAGUCCGUCAGCUCCUUUUACCUCCCCAAACUGAUCGGCCUCUCGAAAGCGAACCACAUUGUCACAACGGGAAGCACUUACACGGCCUCCGACCCCCUCGUCAGCGGGCUGUUUUCCAAACUGCUACCUACUCCUGACGACACUGUGAGGUAUGCCAUUGACCUUGCUACCGACAUUGCGGAGAAUACUUCUAUCAUGAGUAGCAAGUUGAUGAGGGACAUGAUGCUGUAUUGUCCUGAUACACCGGAAGAAACACAUGACUUGGACUCCAAGAUCUUUAUCACAUCAUUUGGGUCCAAAGACAACGUGGAAGGGUUGACAAGCUUCACAGAGAAGAGAAAGGCGGAGUUUCCUGGGAGAUUUGAUAGGAGCGCUUUCCCGUUCUAUCCUUGGUGGGAAUCUCAAGCGUUGAGGUCAAAGAUUUGAGAGCAUGGUACGCUGACUUAGUCUGAGCUUACUAUGCGCACAAAUUAGAAGCUUGGAGCCUCCAAGUCGCUCUGAUUGCAAUGGCACUCAUUUGUAAUUUUGUUCAGGUACCUACUCUGAUUUCACAGUUUGCCUCGCCGUGGGAGAAUCUCGAAUACAUGUGAUGACUCCAUGUAGCUGUCUGCAGAGAUGCGGUUUGGCUCAGAUACAUUCUGGUUUGUAGCAGCUAUGAC